AUGGAUGAUAAUUUAUCUUUAGUCAAUUUAACUCUUACUGAGCAAAAUAUUACUCCUUUAGCAGUAACUGCUACUCCCGAAGAUUUAUUAGAAUUAUUAGAAAAGUUUCAGGAAGCAAAACCAAUAAUUAACUAUACACUUCCGGUUAACUUUAAAAAAGGUCAAGAGGUUGCUAAUCAAAAGCAAUAUUAUAAUAACGCCACGGCUACUUUAAUUGCCAAUGAUGAAGGAUUAUUAUCUAAACAAACUAUCUUUAUGUUUGAUGAUUAUUUAGUAGAUGACUCAAUUAAGUUAAGUUUAAGUCAAGCCUUAGAUGCGGUUAAACAUCGCCAACAAACUGUACCCUUAGAUGGCCUGUAUUCUAUUUUAGGAUUACUGCCUUAUGGAGAACAAGCUACGGUUAGUUAUGAAAACAAUACUCUGCAACAAGCUUUACAAGAAUUAAUGGAUUUAGCUAUUAAAGAAAAUCCUUCUGAAGCUAUAUCUUGA